AUGCUAGCAAAGUCUUAAUAAUGUAUUUAUCAGAUGAAUGUUUAGUUUUUAGAUAAAUUGAUCUGUUCGGAUAAAGUAUUUCCUUGAAUUUAAACGGAGAAGAUCAAUAUAAAACAGGUGGAGGAGGUUUUUUAUCUUGCUUGAUUGUGGCAAUCGUUGCGAUAUUUUUUUAAUCAAACAUUAUAGAUUUCUUAGGAAAGACUAAUAUCACUGCAGAGACAUAAACAGUAUUUGAAGAAAAUCCUGAUAGGAUUAACUUUACAUCAGAUAAUUUUAUGUUUGCUGUUUCUAUUGAAUAAAAUAAAGCUUUCAAUACAAAUCCAUUUUUUAACAUUUCUAUAAAAGCAAGGUAAAUUUAUUUUACAAAUAAAAGAACAUAUGUAAGAUUGAGUAAUGGAACAACUAUUAAAUAUGAAAAUCUAACUAAUUUGAUUCCAUGUACUUUAGAUAGAUUUCAAAAAAUAUUCGAUAAAUAUGAUCUUAAUUUUACAGAUCAAUACAAUUAAUUAGGAUUAUCUACAUGGUUAUGUCCAGAGUAAUAUCUUCAUUUAUUAUAUAGUCUUAAUUAUUCAAUAACAGUUGGUGGAAGAUAUUCAAGUGAGUAUUUAGAUUUCGCCAAAAUUGAAAUAACAGAUUGUAAAAAUGAUACUUCAAAAAAUGCAUAUUUAACUUGGCAUCCAACUUGUGCAUCUAAAGAUGUUAUGGAAAAAUGGUUAUCAGGGGAAGGUUCUUAUAGAAUAAGAAUGUAUUUCAAUUCUAAUUCAAUUAGAUAUAUGACAAAUACAGUUGUCAAUCCAUCAAAACCAACUGAUUAUAUUCAAGGUUAUUUAGAUGAUGAAGUCUAUUUUUAAUUUGUUCCAUUUAAAUUAUCUCGGUAAUCUGAUAUAUUUUUUAAAAAAUACUAAAUAAAUACUGAUUAAAGUUUAGUUCCAGUAUUUGAUGAUUAAUAAAUAGAGAAUGUAUUUAUGAAAGAACCUGCAGAUUUUAGAGAUAUUACUACUCUAGGAUCUCCAACAGAUAAAUAAUAUAUAGCUUUAUAUUUUAGAAGAAGUCCUUAUACAAAAUAUAUUACAAGAUAAUUUUAAAAAGUAGAUGACUUAUUGUCAUACUUAGGAGGAUUUGUGAAUAUAGUCGUUGUAUUUUUAGGUUUCUUUGUAGCAUUCUAUAAUAGAUAACAAUGUAAAUAUUUAUUAUUCAAUAUUUUAAAGAUCUAAUAGAACUUGCAAAUAAAGUUUAUGACUUUAAUUUUGAACAUGGUAAAAAUUCUUAAAAGAUAAGAAAUGAUGAUUUGGUUAAAAAGAUUACUUAGAUCAAGAAAAAGGCACAAACGCCUAAACUUUUAGAGAUAUAAGAUUCAAAUUUGCCAAAUAAAAAAUCACUCACUUAACCUUUAUAAGAUGAAGAAAUACGAAUACAAGUAUUGAAUGAAGAGACUCCUUAUAAUACAACAAAUUAAAAAUAAAUGAUCAAAAAUACUUCAUCAGAAAUUAAAUCUGAAUUUUAAAGAUAAUAAGAGGAAAUAGUAUCCAAACUAGGUUUUAAGAGUAGAAAAGAAUAUCUAACAUCAUAAAUAUCUUAAGUUCUCACUAGAGCUCAACCCAUAUAAUUUACAUUCAAAUUCCUUUGCCAUUAAAUUACAGGAGGGAGAUGCUUUAAAGAUAAAACAUCUAUUCUACUUAUGAAAGCAGUGUAUAUUUACUUAUUUAUUUAAUAGUGAUAGAAUUAAUUCUGAUAUAGAUAUUUAUGUAAUUUUAGAAAAAGUUAAAGAAAUCAAUCUAUUAAAAGAUUUAAUAUUAGAUAAAAAUUAAUAAAUUUUAUUUAAUUUUGCUCCAAAAUAAAUAAUUGCUCUUUCAGAAUAGAAAAAAUUGCCUAGUAGAGUUGAAGUUUAUACGUAAUUAUAUAAUUAAAUAAUUUUAGAUAAAAAUUGACAGAAAAUUCAAAUUCUUCUAUGUCAGUUGGUUAAAUUGCAUAAAUGGCUAUGAAAAAAUAUUCAGAAGAUAAAUAAGCAAACCUUCCUGCAUCUAUUAAAGCAUAUUAAAAAUUAUAUAAGGUAAAUAGAUAUUAUUGAGUAAGGCUUAUGAUAAAAUAAAUGAUCCUUAAAAAGAAUUAGGUAGAGUUAAUGAAAUACUUAUUGAUAAAUUAGGCAAAGAAAUACGGGAUAUAUUUGAAGUUUCUUAAUUUAUAGAUUUCGAUCUCGUUGAAUAAAAAUUGAGUCAUAGAAUUAAAUAUAUACUUAGAAGAAAAGUAAAAUAAAUGAGGUAGAGCAAAUCAAGAUCUUAACUAAAAAAAGAGUUUGACGAUGAUUCUUCAGAAAAUUUUGGACUUUUUAGUUAAGAAAGAAAUAACAAACCUGAUAAUAGUGGAAUAUUGCAAAGAGAAAUAUUAUUUCCUCAUAGAAAUUUUUGAA